GCACACAAGGCCCCAGUGCUGAAGUCCAGGCUGUCUCAGCUAGGUGCGAAGUUGGUGAGUCUCUCCAGUCAUUCUGUGGCCAUCAUCCCUUUAGAGAGUUUGGAGGGCAUGCUGCAGCUCUGUGAGGACGCUUUAGCCCCCCUGGAAGGUCUGCAGGGACGUGUGGAUGCUGCCGAGGCCGAGGCUCAGCGUGCCGCAGCUGAAGUUGAACAGGAGCGCUCGCGCGUGCGACGCUUGGAGAGUCGCCUUGCCAAAGCUGCAGAAGCCGUGCAAGGCCUAGAGAGUCGACUCCGCAAGUGGCUGAAGGCCGGACCACAAGAUGCGGAGCAGAGAGAGGAGAAGCCUCCCCCGUCGACGGGUUCCCUGGAGCAGAGCGUGGAAAGCUGUGGCGAGCUGAUGACGAGGUUGGAAUCGGUAAAGCCACCUGUGACCAUGCCGUCGACCAGCAGAGGCGAGCAGUGGGAACCGGACAGCAGUCAGUGCAGCUUAUGCUCAGUUCAUUUGGGCAAGAGGCACUUGAGACCGCGGCACCACUGCAGAUUCUGCGGACGAUGCGUGUGUGGAAAAUGUUCCAAAAGUUCGAUUGCUUCUGACCACACGGUGCAGAGAUGUUGUACCCGCUGCGUGCAGCCAGUGGUGCAGUCCCACACCUUGUGGAGACGCUUAACCCGCGUGGCCGAAGCAUUGGCAGCACCCACUGGGGCCGGGGCGCCAUGGCAGGGCUUUGAUCAGGUGCUACGGCACUGCGAGGAAGUUUGUGGUCUUCCACCGUUGCGAACGGAACCAACCAGUUGCGGUCCCUAAACGGAACCAACGCAGCUAGGCGAUGGUUGUGGGUGGGGACCCAGUGAGGAGAAAUGAGGACUAAACAGUCAUGGAUGGACAGCCCUAAAGUUGGCCUAAACAGUCACUGAGGUCGCUACAUCAAGAUGUUACCCUCUGGUAAUUUGUUACAGUUCGCU